UCAUCGUCAUCAUCAUCAUCAUCAUCAUCAAUACUAUCAUCACUUCAAUCAACAAUCAACUCUUCACAUCUUCAAGACUCACUACUCAAUCAACACGCAAUCAAUAAUUAAUACUACCUCUUAAAUCUUUUACAUUUAAUACUACAUCUAUCAAAAUGGUUGAUUUCACUGUCUUCAAGGGUUCCAAGGAGGGAAAGAUCGUUAAGGCUACCACCACCAGAGAGAUCGGUCCCAACGAUGUCUUGGUCAAGAUCACUCACUCGGGUCUUUGCGGUACCGAUGAGCAUUACAGACAUGCCGAUAUGGCUCUAGGCCACGAAGGUGCUGGUGUUGCAGCUGAAAUUGGAUCUGCUGUUAAGAACAUCAAGAAGGGUGAUUCUGUCGGAUGGGGUUACCAACACGGCUCUUGCAACGACUGCAAGCAAUGUCUUACUGGUCACGAGACCCUCUGUGCCGACCGUGUCAUGUACGGACAAGCCAACUUGGACCAAGCAUCCAUGGGAACCCACGCUGUCUGGGAUGCCGGAUACCUUUACAAGCUCCCUGAUAACCUUCCCCGCGAGUACGCUGCUCCUCUCAUGUGCGGAGGUGCUACCGUCUACAAUGCUCUCCGUUCUUUCAACGGUGGUGUCAAGCCAAAUGAGCGUGUUGGUAUAAUCGGUAUUGGAGGACUCGGUCACUUGGCCAUCCAAUUCGCCGCCAAGAUGGGAUGUGAAGUCGUUGUCUUCUCUUCCACCGAUGCCAAGAAGGAGGAGGCUCUCUCCCUCGGUGCCACCGAAUUCGUCGCUACCAAGGGUGUCUCUGAGCUCAAGGUUUCCGCCCCAAUUGAUCACUUGAUCGUCACCACCUCUUUCCAACCAAACUGGCAUCAAUUCAUGGAUAUCAUGGCUCCUCAAGCAACUGUCUACCCAUUGACUGUUUCUUUCGAAGACAUGAAGAUCCCAUACAUGCCAAUCAUCAUGAACGAGUUCAAGAUCCAAGGUUCCUUGGUCGCUGCCAGACAAGUUCACAGAGAUAUGGUUGCUUUCGCCGCUCAACACGAGAUCAAGCCAAUCAUUGAGCAAUUCCCAAUGACUGAGGAGGGUAUCCAAGAGGCCAUGAAGAAACUCGAGGAUGGAAAGAUGAGAUACAGAGGUGUCAUUGUCGCUCCUCAAUAAAUUUGAGGUGUGAUGAGAUUCGCGAAUGAAUGAAUAUAUGCAUGCAUUGGAGAGGAUAUUAUAGACUGGGAUGGGUUAAAUUUAAUGACAUGGAGUUGGAUAUCUGGAUGGAUGUAAUGAUAGCGUUGGGAAAACUUUUAGACUUAUAGAUACUCUCUUAAACAAUAUAUCAUUGUUA